CCCACCAAGAACAAUCGAUAUUCCAGUGGUUUAGUUUAGUUUCUCAAAAUAUUUCAUCCAAUCAUGGCGAACGCUGCCCAGAUGGCGCAGCUUGCGCAGUUGCUGACACAAACAGUGGCUGGCAACAUGGAGGCCAUGAGGUCGGCUGAACAACAGCUUAGAGCUGCAGAAGUGCAGCCAGGGUUUGGCCUUGUUUUGCUCGAACUCUUGCGCUCGGGCAGUGUAGACACUUCUGCAAGGCAAGCUGGAGCAAUCUACUUCAAAAACUACAUUAAGCGCCAGUGGUGUGUGGAAGGUGCUGGUGGCGGUAUCUCAUCCUCUGAUCGACAGGCCAUCAAGCAGCACAUCCUUUCUUUAAUGCUGCAGGCGCCAAAACAGGUGCAGGUACAGCUCUCAGCUGGACUAGAGGAGAUUUCGAUCACCGACUACCCAGCUGAGUGGCAGUCACUGCUGCCAGAGAUGGUUCAGCACCUCAAAACCUCCCAGGACAUGUCCAUCUUGAAGGGAACCAUGCAGACUGCACAUACAGUCUUUCUGAAGUUCCGAGCCCAGGCGCGAUCGGAAGAUCUGCUCCGAGAGGUGAAGUACACCGUGACUGGGUUUCAAGAGACCCACCUAGCGGUCUUUACUGCCACGUGCACGCGGGUCUUGGGCGGGCUGCCGGCGGAUCAGUUAGUGACUCAUUUUGAGCUCCUCUUGGCAACCAUAGGAGCGUUCUUUUCUCUGAAUGUGAUCGACUUACCAGAGUUUUUUGAGGAUCACAGAGAGGAAUACUUCAGAGGUUUUCUAGAGUUGCUAAAGUUCCAGCACGAGGCUGUAGCUGGGCAAGGUCAGCAGGGGCUGCUCGAACAGGUCAAAGGUGCCAUUUGCGAGUGCUUUGUGCUGUACGCAGAGAAGUAUCAGGAAGAGUUCAUGCCUUUCCUACUUCCCUGUGUGAAGGAGGUUUGGACGCUGCUCGUUGGCCUGGAUCAGCAGGAGAAAAAUGAUCAGCUGGUUGCCAAAGGCAUUCACUUCUUAUCGUCCACUGCCGCCACUCAGUGGCCACAGUCACCCUUCGAGGAUCCCAACGUCUUGUCGGGCAUUUGCGAGAAGGUGGUUUUCCCCAAUGUCCUGCUGCGGGACUCGGAUGUGGAGCUGUUUGAGGAAAAUCCGCUCGAGUACGUGCGGCGCGACAUGGAAGCAGCUGACCAGGAGACGCGUCGGCGAAGCUCAAUGGACUUGGUCAAGGCCAUGGGAAAGGUGAAUGAAGCCAAGGUCACAGAGAUCCUCAUCGGAUACGUGAAGGCCUUGAUGGAGAAGGCAUCACAAGCUGCUGCUGGACAGGCAGAGCGCUACAAGGAUGCCUGCAUUUUUCUCUGCAUUGCCAUGGCAGUGCGGGAGCAGACCCACCGAGAGGGAGUCACUGCCACAAACCAGAAUGUCAACGUGCUGGAUUUCUUUAGUUCGCUGGUGGUUCCAGAGCUCACUUCUGAACCUCUGGCACAACGUCCGGUGCUUCGAGCCUCAUGUCUGAAGUUCGUGACCGUGUUCAGGAACCAGCUUCCUAGAGAACAAAUCAGCCAGCUUCUUCCUGCAAUCUGCAAACACAUCACUGCAGAAAGUGCAGUGGUGCACACCUAUGCUGCCAUUUGCAUCGAGAAGCUGCUCAGAGUGAAGGACAAGACCCCACAGGGACAGGUGGCACCUCGCUACGAUCCCAUGUCCAUGAAGGGGCCUUUACUUCAGAUGGUGCAGCCCAUUCUGCAAAUCAUUGCUGCGAGCAAGGGGAUACCCAUGAACGAGUAUCUCAUGAGGACUGUGGCAAGAAUAUUUGCCUUCCUGAAGCAACAGGGAGCAGAGACGGGUCUCGCAAUGCUGGGGCCUCUCUCUGCCAUCCUCAUUGCUAUGGCAGCAAACCCUUCAAAUCCAGUUUUCAACCACAACCUCUUCGAGGCAGUGGCUUCGAUCGUCAAGGUUUGCGUGCCCACGCAACCCGACACGGUUGAGAGCGCCCUGCUGCCUGUCUUUGGGCAGAUCUUAGAGAGAAAUGUGGUGGACUUUUUGCCGUACACGUUUCAGAUAAUGGGUCUCCUGCUUGAUGCUUCUCCGAAUGUGAAGCCGCUGUACACAGAGCUUUUUGCCAGGCUGUUGACCCCUGAGCUUUGGCGAGCUCAGGCAAAUGUGCCAGGACUGAUUCGACUUCUGCGUGCUUACUUCACCAAGCAUGCAGGGUUUGGAGAGCUGCUGAGGUCGAACAUGCAGGCGAUUCUCGAGCGAUUCCAAUUCGUGCUGAUGAAUCGGAAGACCGAGGAAGCGGCACUGGAUUUGCUGAACGCCAUGUACCAGUAUUUGCCCAUCGAAUUUUAUCAGCAGUUUCUCAAGACACUCAUGACAGUUUUGUUGACUAGACUGCAAAGCAGCAAGUCACCGAAGUUCAAGCGGGACUUUGUGGUCUCGUGCUCGCUUUGCAUACAUAAGAAUCAGUCAGUGAUAGCACUGUUCGACUCUAUACAGGCUGGCCUGUUGAGUAACUUGCUUCUCAACGUGUGGCCACCUGUGCUGAAGAUGCCUUUGCGAACGGACGAGCGGAAGGUUUGCGUGAUGGCCCUGGCCAAGCUGUUUUCAGUUGAAGAAUUGAGACAGAACACGCAGCUAGUUGGUGCUUGCUCACUUAGUCUUGUCCAUUUGCUUGGUUUGGCUUCUUGCUGCAAGUCGAAGCAGAACCUGAACGGCGACGAGGGUUCCGACGAAGAGCUCGAGAACGGGGCGGGGCAGGAGUAUGAAGUGAGCUUUAACAAGCUCCAGAAUACUGAUCUGCCUGGUGCAGCUGCUGGAAUGGCGCCAGAUGUGCCGGACUUGCUUUGCGCGGCCAAGGCUUCGCUGAAGCCGGUGCUGGGCCCCGUUGUCCUGCCGCUGGCACAAGCCACCGCAGAGUUGCAGCCUUUGGCGGCUUUUCUACAAUAGGCAGCACAUCCAUGUUUCUCUUAGCUAGGCUCUCUGGACGUCUAAUCGCCUGUGAAGC